CUUGGGAUGUAGCUUUAUCACGGACUGCUAGAGCGUGGGGGAAAAAAUGUGUGUUUGAGCGUAAUCCUUAUUUAGAAGACUUAGAAAUGGUCCAUCCUAAAUUUCAUGGUAUUGGUGAAAAUAUGUGGGUCGGCCCUGAAAAUGAAUUUACUGCAAGUAUUGCUAUCAGAAGUUGGUAUGCAGAGAAGGAAAAGUAUAAUUUUGAAAAUGACAGUUGCUCUGAAGACUGUUCUCAUUAUGUUCAGCUUGUUUGGGACAACUCCUACAAAGUUGGGUGUGCUGUUACUCCAUGUUCAAGAGUUGGACGUAUUAGACAUGCAGCAAUUUUCAUUUGCAACUAUGCACCAGGAGGAACUCUGACAAGAAGACCUUAUCAACAAGGAAUAUUUUGUACUCGAUGUGGCAGACGUGACAAAUGUACAGAUUUUCUAUGCAGUAAGAUUUUUUUUUAAAACCUUAAACAUGAAAAAA